AUGGCAAAACGAAAACGUUCUUCCGCAGCUGGCAUCGAAGUUGGUGCUGGCAGUACUACUGCGAUACCACUGCCGAACGGCGUCAAUCAAGCACGCGUCUCCCGAACACCAAUACCGCCUCCAAAAAAUGACACGACGGAACCCACGCUCUCGCGGCGAUCUUCUCGGCGGAGUGCCACUAACAAAUCCCUGUUCAAUCCUGAUGAGAACAGAGAGAUAGUGGAUGGACCAAACGCACUUCGUGCCUCUCCUGAUAACGAAGUCAAUCGCAAUGUUGCCCCUAAACGAGUGAAGCGCGAAGAGACGCCUAUGUCCGAGCUGUCGUCACUCGCCGAGAGUACUGAAGAAGCGGUCGCUAAGAAGCCAAAGAAAGCAUCUAAGCCCAAGAAAACAGUUAUAGAUCCCACGAAGAACAGUCAUUCUUCGCAGAACAUCAAUAAUGCCGUAAAGAAAGAGCCUGCGACGCCGAACGUCGACCCAGAAGAUGAUGCGCUCGAGGAGGCAGACGAGGAAGAGCUACAGGAAGCUCUCACACGACCUCCGCCUGUGAAUAGCUCUGUAUUGCCAUUACCUUGGAAAGGUCGGUUAGGAUUCGCUUGUUUGAACACCUACCUACGGUACUCAAAUCCUCCAGUCUUCUGUUCUCGUACCUGCCGCAUUGCCUCAAUUUUGGAGCACAGACACCCUCUAGUUGAUCCAACGCAACCUGAACAUGCUACCAAAAACCGGCCCAAUAAAGAUCUACCUGCUGACCUCAGGCGAGGUCAGAAGUAUGUUGAAGACAUCGGCCUUGCGAAUGCUAGAGACAUCAUCAAGAUGGUGCGAUGGAACGACCGCUACGGAAUCAGAUUCAUGCGCUUGAGUUCCGAAAUGUUCCCUUUCGCCUCUCAUGAAGAGUAUGGAUAUAAGCUUGCACCAUUUGCGUCCGAGACUCUGGCAGAGGCCGGUAAAGUCAUAGCUGAGUUGGGUCACAGAGUGACCAUGCAUCCUGGACAAUUCACACAGCUGGGAAGUCCACGCAAGUCUGUUAUUGAUGGCUCCUUCCGGGAUCUCGAAUUUCAUGAUGAACUUCUUACUUUGUUGAACCUGCCACCUCAACAGGACAAGGACGCAGUCCUAAUACUACACAUGGGUGGUAUGUUUGGCGACAAAGCUGCAACCUUAGAUCGCUUCCGCGAGAACUAUGCGAAGCUGUCACAAAGCGUCAAAAAUCGCUUGGUAUUGGAGAACGACGACGUUAUUUGGUCCGUCCAUGACUUGCUUCCAGUAUGUCAAGAGUUGAACAUCCCGCUAGUCCUAGACUACCAUCAUCACAACAUCAUCUUUGAUGAAACUAAGCUUCGGGAAGGUACCCAAGACAUUAUUGAUCUGUACCCGGCAAUUACAGAAACAUGGAAGCGCAAGGGUAUCACACAGAAAAUGCACUACUCAGAGCCCACACCAGCAGCUAUCACGAAGAGGCAAAGACGGAAGCACUCGCCAAGGGUGAUGACCAUGCCCCCUUGCCCACAUGAUAUGGACUUGAUGAUCGAGGCCAAAGACAAGGAACAAGCCGUGUUUGAGCUCAUGCGCACGUUCAAGCUCCCUGGCUACGAGACGUUCAAUGAUAUCAUUCCCCAUGUACGUAACGACGACAACAAGCCAGUACGUGCUCCUAAGAAGAAGAAAACGCCUAAGAGGAAAAAGAAGGAUAGCACUGCCGAGGAAGAUGUAGACGACGCUGAAGAAGAGGAACCAGCACCUCGCAUCCCUAUCCCCGAGCAUGAAGUAGGAAUGGGCGGUCCUGAAGGUCGCGUCUAUUGGCCGCCAGGUAUGGAAGAGUGGCUACGUCCCAAGAAGCGCGAAGUGAAAAAGAAAGAGCCCGAUGAGACUCCGGCUGCUAAGAAGCGUAGAGCAACAACAACAACAGCUAUGGCAGCUUCAACCUCAAUGAAAGAUGAGGAACUUCCUACGGAGACACCAGUGAAGUCGAAGAAGUCUGCUACUUCCAACAAGGCUGCCACAAAGAAAACUGCGCCAAAGAAGAGUGUUACUAAAGCAAUCAUAACGCCGUCCACAUCUGAUGCGGAAGACGUUGUCUCAGAGCCUCCAAGCGACCUGAGUGCUGAAGACGAGCCAGCUAGCAGCCGAGCAAAGGGGAAAGGAACAGCUACUGCGCCAAAGCGGAGAAGUGUGAGGGCUAAUAAGGCUGCUGUUAGUUAUGCCGAUGGCGAUGACUAA